ACAGUGCAGACAGCUAACCCGCGACAGCAGACCGACACAGACAGACUCACUCACUCACACACUGGUUUGGAUCAGGGCAUGAUAAACCAUUUCUGAGGAUUUUUGCCAGUGUUGAUCGGUGGGGAAAACGUGCUGGAUUUUCUCACUGCGGAUUCAGUGGAUAUGUAGUUUCUCCAACUUUUAGGAACUGUUUGGGAACUUUUUCAUCUCCGUUUUCAGCUGGAUCAAUUGGAUUUACUUGGUGCGAGAACAAUGCCGGAAAGAAUUAGUAUUUCAGAUUUCGUCUCUUUGGCGAAUGAAGACAUAACGUCUCCAGGAACUUCGUGCUUUCAGUCCAGAAUGAGCGAGUGUCGGAACACGGUGACAGCACUGGAGGAGUCUCUGGAGUUGGAUCAGAGUGCUCUUCAGAGGCUGAAGAAGACAGUGAAGGCCAUACACAACUCUGGACUAGCACAUGUGGAGAAUAAGGACCAGUACAUCGAGGUGCUGGAGAACCUGGGGAACAGUCACCUGUGCCAGGACAACAACGAGGUCUCCACCGGCUUCCUCAACCUGGCCGUCUUCACACGCGAGGUCACCGCACUCUUCAAGAACCUGGUCCAGAACCUGAACAACAUCCUGUCCUUUCCUCUGGAGAACGUGCUGAAGAAUGAGCUGCGGGACAGUCGACUGGAGCUGAAGAAACAGAUGGAGAAGAGUUGGAAGGACUAUGACGUUAAAGUGGGGAAGCUGGAGAGGGAGCGCCGGGAGAAGCAGAAGCAGGCGGGUCUGAUCAGGCUGGAGAUGGACCUCACUGAGGACAUGGAGAGAGAGAGGAGGACCUUCCAGCUACAGAUGUGUGAGUACUUACUGAAGAUCCAGGAGCUGAAGAUGCGCCAGGGACCUGACCUCCUGCAGAGCCUCAUCAAGUACUUCCAGGCACAGCUCACGUUUUUCCAGGACGGUUUGAAAGCAGCUGAAAACCUCAGUCCCUUUGUGGAGAAGUUGGCCACCUCUGUACACACGGUACGUCUGGAGCAGGAUGAGGAGGUACGGCAGCUGUCCCAUCUGCGUGACUCUCUCCGCUCGGCCCUGCAGGUGGAGGGCAAAGAGGAGUACAUGAACCGUAAGAACUCUGGCCAUGGCUACAGCAUCCACCAGCCGCAGGGCAACAAGAAAUACGGCACCGAGAAGUCCGGCUUCCUCCUCAAGAAGAGUGAUGGAAUCCGAAAAGUGUGGCAGAAGCGGAAGUGUGGGGUGAAGUACGGCUGCCUGACCAUCUCCCACAGCACGAUCAACCGGCCACCGGCGAAGCUGAACCUGCUGACCUGUCAGGUGAGACCCAACCCAGACGACAGGAGGACCUUUGACCUGGUGACACACAAUCGCACCUACCAUUUCCAGGCAGAGGACGAGCAGGAAUGCAUGAUCUGGGUGUCGGUGCUGCAGAACAGUAAGGAGGAGGCGUUGAACGCAGCGCUGGGGAGUGACCAGCAGGGCGGCGGUCUUCAGGAGCUCUCCAAAGCCGUCAUCUCAGGCCUGCGCAACAUGCCUGGCAACGAGGCCUGCUGUGACUGCGGAGCACCAGAUCCCACCUGGCUCUCCACCAACCUGGGCAUCCUCACCUGCAUAGAAUGUUCCGGAAUCCACCGGGAGCUGGGAGUGCACUACUCCCGCAUCCAGUCGCUCACGCUGGACGUGCUCAGCACCUCCGAACUCCUGCUAGCAGUAAGCAUUGGGAACACGAGGUUCAAUGACAUCAUGGAGGCCAAUCUGCCCAAUGACACGGUGAAGCCUGUUCCGCGAAGCGACAUGACUGCCAGGAAGGAGUACAUCGUGGCCAAGUAUGCGGAGCGGCGCUACGUCCUUCGGAAGGAGGAUUCUGACCCGUACCGCGUCCACGACGUGGUCAAGACACGUGACCUCACUGCCCUCCUGCAGCUCUACGCCGAGGGGGACGACCUGGCCAAGCCCACUGCACUGCCCGACGCACAGGACUUGAGGGAGACGUCUCUUCAUCUGGCUGUGAGGAUGGCAGACCGGAGUUCUCUGGCUCUCGUAGACUUCCUGACCCAAAACAGUGGAUGUCUGGAGAAGAAGACAGUGGAGGGCAACACAGCUCUGCAUUACUGCGCUCUGCACAACAAGACUGAGUGCCUCAAACUGCUCCUGAAAGGAAAGGCUGUACUCACUACAGUGAACUCGGCGGGUGAGACUGCGUUAGACAUGGCCAAAAGACUGCAGCACACACACUGCAUAGAACUGCUGGAGCUGGCCCACAGUGGCAAGUUCAACUCUCAGAUCCAUGUGGAGUACACCUGGGAGAUGCCCCAGGAGCUCAUGUACGACAGCGAGGACGACCUGGACGAGAGGGUGAGUCCUCACUCCCGGAGCAUGCGCUCUCCGCUGCCCCCUAAUGGCCACAGCCCAAACUCGCCGUCGCGCUGGAACUUCAGCAACAGCAGCGUGGCCAAUAAGACCUACGAGAACGUGGACUUCCUGUACCGCAACCCGCCCGCCAACAGCGCCCCCACGGGCACCAUGCCCCCACCUCUGCCCGCCAAGGCCAUCCAGAGAGGUCGCUCCGACCCCCAGAUCUCGGUGUCGGUGAUGGAGGGGGCCAACAUCCCCAUGCGCCUGUCCUCGUCCCAGCGCCACGGCCCCCCCGGCCCCCACGGCCCCCCCUCCCCGCGCGCCGAGGCCCAGCCGCCGCUACGCACGCUGCGGACCCCCCAGGGGGGCGUGGUCAGGGCCCAGAGGCAGACCGUGUCCUGGGACGGCCAGCCGCCCAACGGCGCAGCCAGCACCGCCCCCACGGAACCCAAGAGCACCUCGCCGCAGAACCACCUCGGACCCAUCAGCUCGGAGAAGACCACGUCGUACCGGCGGACGAGUAGCGGGGGGGUGCAGGGGAAGAGCGGGGUGACGUCGCCCAGCUGUGCGGGCAGCCAGGAGGAGCUGUACUGCAGCCUGGUGACCAGCGUCCAGCCUGGCAUCCAGCCUGGCACCACCGCCAUGGCAACCGCGCCCGCCGCCACCGCGCCCAUAUGCCUGCCACCUCCGCCACGCACGCGCAGGAACGCCAUGGUGUCCCAGAUAAAGCCGCGGCUGAAGAAGGUGAGGGCUCUGGUGGACUGCAGGGCGGUCAGCUCCGACCAGCUGGCCUUCUUCAAGGAUGAGGUCAUCAUUGUCACGGCAACCGAUGACCCCCACUGGUGGGUUGGCCACAUUGAUGGAGACGCAGCGAGAAGUGGAAUAUUUCCCGUCAACUACGUGCACAAGUUAGGAGAGUGGUCCGCCAGAGACUCCUGAAGGACCAAUAAGCUACUGUCUCUUUGGGAUGCAGCCAGCUGCACCAAUCAGAGAGAAGAACAUUUGCAAAGCCACUUAUGUCCAAAACUCAUACUGAUUGAACCACAUUUUUGAGACUCUUGAUUCCGUUAUGGAUGGGCAGACAGACGGACGGAUGGAGGAAUUAUUUUUGGAUCAGCAGCUACGCUACAUUAGCAGCUACGCUACAUUAGCAGCUACGCUACGCUAGUCCUGUAGGCCACUGCUUGGUCCCUGGACAGAGGAUAGCUGGACAGCUCAGUCCCUCAGUUCUACCCCAUUCUCCCAGCACUCUUAGACACAACAGCACUUAUCCUGUGUGUGUGUGUGUGUGUGUGUGUGUGUGUGUGUGUGUGUGUGUGUGUCUGUGUCUGUUUGUGUGUCUGUGUCUGUUUGUGUGUCUGUGUCUGUUUGUGUGUGUGUGUGUGUGUGUCUGUGUCUGUGAGUGUGGCCCUCUAGUGGUCACCCAGGUGCAUUGCAUCUAUUGCAUCUGUCUCAUCUAUUGCUCCAGAAGAGCAAGGGUGCAUACUGCUGUGUGCCCGUACUGUAGAUGUCAUCUCUGCAAAGCUCCAUCUAAGAGCUCCGUCACCACCACCACCACCACCAUUUCAACUGGCUACGCCUGUCUGGAUUACAACAUUAAUCUGCAUUGCACCCCCAAAACUGACUCCAUAUCCAGCAGCAGAUAUCCAGGAUCACUCACUGGGCUCCUGCCUGCAGGACUGAAACAUGUCCCGGACUCACUCAUGUAUAUAUGUGUAUAUUUUGCCCAGUGAAAGGGAAGCGUAAUUAUUAUUUCCAUUGACUUGAUGUGUUUUAGCCGUAACCUCCUCUUGAGUCUGCGCUAGCUCGUCUUCUCCGCUACAUGCUGCAUAUGGGGGCUGAUGGGUGCAGAUAGAUGCACGUCACGUCACGUCACGUCACGUCACGUCAGCUCUGGGCUCAUUUGAUCUCCUCUCCUCCAGAGCGAGUCGGGUUACACAGCGCUCCUCUUCCCUGCCGUCCACAACUGGAACGCUGUGUACACGUCCACUGGGAACACACUAGCUGUGUACACUUCCACUGGGAACACACUAGCUGUGUACACUUCCACUGGGAACACACUAGCUGUGUACACUUCCACUGGGAACACACUACAGUAGCUGUGAGCCCCACUGAAAUAGACUAGCUGUGCGCUACAGUAUGUGAGAUACACUAACUGUGAGCCAUGGUGAAGUGCACUAGAUGUGAGAUACACAAGAUGUGAGACACACUAGCUGUGUACCCGCUGAAGUAGACUAGCUGUGGCUGUGUACCCGUUAGCGAGAAUGUUUUCACUCUGCGUGGUGUCUACAUCCAGUUUAGCACCAUUCACUUUCAGAGGCAGGAGAGUUUUUACACACACACACACACACACACACACACACACACACACACACACACACACACACACACACACAUUCUAGUACUAAUUAUCUUGUCUUUUCAUCGUAAACCGCAAACCUCCAUUAGCUAUUAAAAGUUGUAUCUUGCCUGCAGUGUUUUUGAAAUGCUUUGUAAAUAAACU